GGUUUCAUUACAAGUUGAUCUGUUCAGCGCGCACGUUGGAGAACUUAAUCGUGAUCGGGAACGAGAUCUCGGAGAGCAGAAGCAUUAGCAUCCGGACUUGAGACGGGUUUUUUACAACAACAGGAAGGCGUCCCACGUUGAGAUUACGGAUUAUUGAUCAUAGCAAUCAGUCAGGAUGGUGUCUGCGGCGUUUGGACUUGGACUGCUCUUGUGCAUCUUGCCCCAGCUGGUCAGCAGUCAGAGCAGCUGCGUCACGCCGGCCCAAGCAGCCGGUCAGUGCAUCCGAUACCAGGAGUGCCCCUUCGUGCAGAAGAUUCUCGGGAUCUACGGUCGGAAUAUACCACGGAAAAUCCACAACCAAAUUAGUGAGAUGCAGUGCAGGAGCACUACGAAUACGAGGGACUUCCAUCUUUGUUGCCCCAACGAGGCCACCCCACAGUCCGCACCCAAUCGGGAGUCGCAGCGGAAGGUCGUGCGAUCGGAGGGCGGAAAUCUGAACCGGUAUGAUCGCCAGGGUCUGCAGCUGCUGAACUCGGUGACCAACUGCGGCAACAAGGGCAAUCCCAAGGUGAGCGGUGGAAAGACGGCCAGGCCAGGCGACUUUCCCUGGGUGGCCCUGCUCAAGUACAAGAUCAACGAUCCGCGUCCAUUCCGCUGCGGCGGCAGCCUCAUCAGCGAACGCCACAUCCUGACCGCCGCCCACUGCAUCAUUGAUCAGCCGGAAGUAAUCGCGGUGCGCCUGGGUGAGCAUGACCUGGAAUCGGAGGAGGACUGCCACUAUUUGGGCGGCACAAACCGCGUGUGCAUUCCGCCCUACGAGGAGUACGGCAUAGAGCGCAUACGAGUGCAUCCCAACUAUGUGCAUGGCAAGAUCAGCCAUGACGUGGCCAUCAUCAAGCUGGAUCGCGUGGUUAAGGAAAAAACGCAUAUCAAGCCCGUGUGCCUGCCCAUCGACCAGAAGUCCCAGGAACUGGACUUCGAUCAGAGCUUCUUUGUUGCCGGCUGGGGCGGCACCGAGAAGGAAACUGUGGCCACCAAGCUUCAGCAGGCGCUGAUCACCAGGAAGAGCCUGGACGAGUGCCGACAGUACUACAACAAGGGUGAGGUGAACGACAACCACAUCUGCGCCACGGGAACUGGUAUCAAGCACACCUGCCAGGGAGAUUCCGGCGGCCCCGUGUUCUUCAAGCACCGCUUCAAGAACACCUACCGAGUGGUCCAGUACGGCGUAGUCUCCUUCGGCGGACGGCUGUGCGGACAGAACCAGAACCAGCCGGGAGUCUUCGCCAGCGUCAUCGACAUGCUGCCCUGGAUCACGCAGAACCUUCAGUAGUGCCAAACGAUACUCUCUUUCCACAAGACACCAACUUAUUUAUAUUCUUAUAGUCUUAAGAUUUCUUGCCGCAGGAUUAUCUAGAUUUGUAAAUUACUUUAAUAAAU